AUAACCACAAAACAAACUGAAAGAGAGUAGAAAACACAGCUUCCCUCCUUCAUCUCCUUAGAUUUUGCAUCGAAUCUAUGAGCAGGCAACCUUUGUAACCCCGAGCAUCGUCCACCUUUGUGCACUCCCCCUGCUUACGGAGGAACAGAGUAAAAUAUGUCAGGAAAAGAGCCCCAGAUCCGCAGCACAAAACUCCUCCAGGAGAAGCUGAACGCUGGGAGCUCUGCCCGGGGCUGGGCGAGGGGGUGCGGACGCCCCGGGGCCUACCCCCGCGUUUCGAGACGAUGCUCGCAGGGUCUGGGCCGGAGCGGCAUUGCCGUUCCCCCACCCCCGAGGUGCCGGGAGCUGCCGCCCCAGCCCCGGCCCCAGCCCUUACAUGGACAAAUCUGCCUGCAGGGAAAGGCAGGAAUUUGGGCCCUUGACGUCAGCCCCGGGCAGAGCGCAGCAGCCUGGCGGGGCGGGAGGCAGCGGCCGCCGCUUUCGCUUUUUGUUUCGGGGGUGUCCCCGGGAGCUAGGGGCUCGCAGCCCACCUCCUCCGCCGGAGAGGAGGGCUGUGAAAGAAACCCGAAGUCGUGACUCCAGCAGCGCCCUGCGUGUCUCCAGAAGCCCCGCUCCGAGUUCAUCCCACCAGCAAGGCUGUGCAGCGCGGGAGCCGCUUCUUGUGGUCACUUUUCGGUUCUCUUUUGCUGCUGGACCUUGUUCCAAAUUUGAUCUGCGCGAGAGGGAAGCGUAUUAGUGAAGGAGCUUGCCUGGAUGCUGAGUGCCUUAUAAUUGGGUGUGCCUGACUGCAUCAGCUUUUGGAUGUGAGCGUCUUCUCUUGAAACAGCCUUGUGAUAUCCUAGCUGCCUGUUUUCUUGGGAGAGAGGUCCCUCGGAAGAAGCUGUCUGUACGUCUGUCUCGGUGCCUGACAGGGCUGCCCUGCUUCCAGGUCUGAACCAUGUCCCACCCGUCCUGGCUGCCGCCCAAGAGUACCAACGAGCCUAUCGGUCAUGUUACAGCAAGGAUGGAGACCACGCAUGCCUUUGGGACUCCCAGCAUCUCGGUGUCCACCCAACAGACGCCAAAGAAGUUUGCACCUGUUGUUGCCCCCAAGCCAAAGUACAACCCGUACAAGCAACCAGGAGGUGAUGGAGACUUCCUUCCUCCACCUCCGCCUCCUGUUGAUGACCUCGGGAAUAUCACAUCACAAGGUGCCUUUCCCCCGCCUCCCCCUCUGGAAGAUGUUGCUUUCAAUGUGCAGGUGAAUCCUGGUGGCAAGACACUUGAGGAGAGGCGCUCCAGCCUAGAUGCAGAGAUCGACUCCCUGACCAGCAUCCUGGCCGACCUAGAGAGCAGCUCUCCGUACAAACCUCGGAUUCAACAGGGCUCCGGGACCUCCAGCUCCGCUGCCACCACCCCGUCUGUGUCCACCCCUGUCACCGGCCACAAGCGGAUGAUCAUUCCCAACCAACCUCCCCUCACCGCCACCAAGAAGUCCACCGCCAAGGGGCCUGGCCAGCCGGCACCCAUCCCAGUCACUCCCAUUGGCACCCUGAAGCCUCAGCCGGUUCCGGCCUCCUACACCACAGCCUCCACGCCCAGCCGCCCGACCUUCAAUGUCCAGGUGAGGACGGCACAGCCUAGCCCUCACUACCAGCCGCCCGGUCCGCAGCCCACGCACUAUGGCAGCCUGGGGCCCGGCCAGCCCUAUGCAGCCCCACCGGCCCGCCCACCCGGUGCCCAGCAAUAUGGCUCGCCGCAGCCCCGUGGGCCUGACUACGGCUAUGCCCCACCGCCCGCCCGUCCUUCAGAGCCCAGCUAUGGCUACGCACCUCAGCAAGGCCGCUACCAGGAUCCGUAUUAUGGUGGAUAUGGAGGGAGGAAUGGCUCCGAGGCGCCCUACAUGCCACAGAGCACCUGGAAGGUUGAGCCGGCGUAUCCCACCAGUAACACCAUGAGCCAGGCUCCUCCCGGGCUAUACCAGCCUCCUGGCACGAAGAAGACUUACAUCACCGACCCAGUGCUGGCCCCGCAGCCGCUGCAGCAAAAGAGUGGGUAUCCGAGCUCUGGACCCACAUCAAGCACUCCUGCCUUCAGGCCUGAAGAUGAGCUGGAACAUCUGACAAAGAAAAUGCUGUAUGACAUGGAGAAUCCUCCCUCUGAUGACUACUUUGGUCGCUGCGCUCGCUGUGGGGAGAAUGUUGUUGGGGAAGGCACUGGCUGCACAGCCAUGGACCAGGUCUUCCAUGUGGAGUGCUUCACCUGCAUGAUGUGCAACAACAAGCUGAGAGGGCAGCCUUUCUAUGCAGUAGAGAAGAAAGCCUACUGUGAACCCUGCUAUAUUAACACACUGGAGCAAUGCAGUGUAUGUGCGAAGCCCAUCAUGGAGAGGAUCCUCCGAGCCACUGGGAAGGCCUACCAUCCCCACUGCUUCACCUGCGUCAUGUGCCAUCGCAGCCUGGAUGGGAUUCCCUUCACCGUGGAUGCCGGUGGGAACAUCCACUGCAUUGAGGAUUUCCACAAGAAAUUUGCACCGAGAUGUUCAGUGUGUAAGGAGCCCAUCAUGCCAGCCCCAGGACAAGAGGAGACUGUACGCAUUGUCGCCUUGGAUCGUGACUUCCAUGUCCAGUGCUACCGGUGUGAGGACUGUGGCGGCCUCCUGUCUGAGGGGGACAAUCAGGGCUGUUACCCUCUGGAUGGGCACAUCCUUUGCAAGACCUGCAACUCAGCUCGGAUCCAGGCUCUGACCGCCAAGGCCAGCACUGAUCUCUGAGUACCAACUGUGACCCUCCCCAGGAUGCCUGCUGGGGGAAUUGCACAAGCUUUGCAUGAUUUCUUUCCAGCCUAGGGUCUGAAUCUUUGUUUGUUUGUUUGUUUGUUUAAAAAAAAAAAAAAAGUAAAACUGGAAGGCCUUGGAGCAAGAGGGCAGUUCUGUGGCCACGUUCAGACUGCCCGCAACAGGCACCUAACUUAGACGUGAGUCUUCCAGAGGGUGGCGAGUCAGACCACCAGCUGCUAAGUUAUCUGCCUGUGGAAGAAGGUCUGAACUGGUGAAAGGUGGCUGAGCUAGCUCCAUUUCCCAAGUCAUUUUGGAAACCUGAUCGGCUAUGGGGAUCUUCUCUUUGGUUUUUAUAGAAUCUGGAUCACCAGCAGAAGUAGCUCCACUGUCACAGAACGUGUGAUACCAAUGUGAGAGUAGAACUAGCACUCCUCAUUACGACUCAAACAAUGCAAGUUUGACCGUACUGCACCUCAGAGUGUAGAUGUGACCUUGAGUUUUUUGGGACACACAUUUGUUGUCUACGUGUUUCUUCUUCGGCCCUUACUUGUCUCCAUUCCCUUCCAGUUCUAUAGGUGUUUUUUUUUUUCUUUUUCUUAUGGAAUUAUAUUUUUGCUAUUGCAUAAACUUAUUCAGUAGUGAUGCUUCCAGUUCACAAUGUAUGAGCAAUCACAGAAAGAUGUGAGCUUGCACACACACACACACACUCACACACACACACACACACACAAUGUGCUUUUGAUUUACUAGAGGUAGAAGCCAACCAUGUCUGCUGAGAAGGUCUUUUAAGAAUCUGGGGCUGGAAAUACUCUUUAAAAUCCCAGUGGUUAAAUAAGGAAAAAAAAAGACUACAUAGAUCUGCAGUGGAAAGCGAUGCUCAAAAAAAUCUUAUGCCACUCUCACUGUAGUGGGACCAAUGGCAGUGCUGGCUUCUGGGUAGUGAAGCAGUGGAGUCUUGUUCCGUUGUUUAUUGAAAUGAGAGGAUUUUCCUUCAGCUGUAACAGGGACUGAAUCAGGGAUAGAUGUUUCUCUGAAGUUACCACGCAUGAUCUGGAGCUCCUAUUGGAAAAGGUAUCUUAUUCCAAUGACGGCAAAAGAACUGUGCUGUUGUUCAGUUUUUGUCUUAAAGCUGAAGAAGGUGUUAAACCCUUCUCUGUGCCAUCCCAAAAAGCAAGUGAUUUUUUUUUUUCUUUCAUUUUCAUCCCAGCCACUUAUUACUUCUCUCUGGUGAAAUGUCAUUGCAGAAGAGUGCUGGGCCAGGAGCAGCACUUUCAUCUUCUGUCCAGAGGUAACACAUAUGCCAAGGUAAAUAAAAAGCUGGGCAGAGAUAACCUUUCUUUUUGUCAUGUUGGUGUUCGUGGGCUUUUUUUUUUUUCAUUUUGUUAAUUAAAAAAAUAAAUUAUAAAUUCAUGGCUCACUCUGAGCAGCUAUAAUAUUCUUGUUCAUGAAACCCAUAAUAACUAAGGUGCAAAUUACACAGUGAGGGAGUAAUUUUCAUAUCACUGAAUUGACAUUAAUAUCUUAUUUGCAGAUGUAAUCAAAGAGAAUACCUUUCUUUGCACUUAACAAAUUAAGAAGCAGACCCGAAACAGUUGCAGGCUGGUUGACCAUACUAGUGACACACCGGCACUUUGCAACAGUAUUAGAAGAAUUUUUUCAUGCACCCGCUGAAAAACAAUGAAAACGUGGUGCUUUCAUCUUUAGUCUCUAUAACAGAAGCCUGAUAUAAUUAUACUAAUGCUGGGGGGGAAAAAAAAAAAGUUAGAUGAGCUGGACUGAUAGGAAACAAAGAAAAAUUGAGAUAGUCACUGCAGCUCCUGCAAAGGGUGCGUUUCCUUUCAGUUUAGCACUAACCUCUGUGGAAGAGCACUGUGGACUGUAAUAGCUUUAGCUGUAUACAGUAAAUUCAAAUACAGAAAUACCAAUCUGAAACCUCUGUUCCUCACAUGGUUUGUAUGUUGGCAAACUCCUUCGGUGUCAGGGAAGAUUCCCAAAAUUCACAGCUCAAAAUGAAUCCUUCUUUGUGGAAGGGUGGCAUCAUUAAGCGAAAGAAAUCAUUCUCCACCAUAGUGACUGUACUGAAGCAGUUUGCCUUUUUAUACUAGAUUUCUGCCCUGGCCUUCAAGAAUUUUACUGCCUCAGACAUAAACAGAUUUUUUUUGCAGUGCGACUCCUGCCAGAUUCCAUCUGGGCUCAUGCUCCCUGAACCAUGGCACGUAAGAUACUUCUGAGCUCGCUUUCUACAGGCAGCCCCUUCACACACCAGUCAAAAGCUCUUGAAACUAGUGAGCGAAUCCAGUUUGAAUUAACCCUGCAGUAACACUGGAGUUCAGAGGUGGGGUUGCUAACACUACUGUAUCCCUGCAGAGGGUUUUAUAUCUCUUCAAGCACAGGAGAGGGCAUGAUGCACUCAUGCACACAAAAAGCCAUUCAUCAGGCAGCUCUGAACUUUGUUCUCGUUAGUGUUAAAUCGGGUGGCUGAUGAGACUCUCAUGAAUACCACUGGGGUAAGUGAUGGAAACAGGCUUAUGUGCCUGCCUGCAGAAUGUGGCCUAGACUCAGGAGGACUGAAGUCCAGAGCCCUUGGGCUUUUCAUGGCCAUGCUGUAGGCUGGAAUUGGGGAAAGUCAUAUGGCUUCUCAUCCUUCGCACAAGAAAGCUUCUUUACAACUUCCCAGAGAUGCUGUGGGAAUUAAACUAAUCAAAGAUUGGCCUAAACUCCUGAUUUUGGAGUUCUGUUUUCUCUUUCCAGAAAAGUUUGCUGGUAUGUAGGUUUGGGAUUCCAGCCCAUUUCAAAGCUGAGGGCCAGCCAGGAGGCCUAGAUCUCAAUCUGUGUUAUUAGGGUGCUGUGGUGAGCUGGGCUGGCGUGCAGGGAGGUGAGAGCCAAACUUUUCACGCAUUAAAUACCCGAUGGAUGGAAAGCGGUUGUCGAAGAUUGAGUAGUGUUAUUGUUUGAGGUACUGUGGCUAAUUUCUGGACAUGACGUAUCUGGGCAAAGGUACUGUCGUGCUUUUGUUUUCACCCCUGAAACACCAAAGCCAUCUGCCUGUUGGAAGGAGUGAGCGUCCAAAACAGUCCUCUUUGUUUUCUGUAAUGCAUGUUGUUUUGGCUUCUAAAAUUGCUGUUUGGAAGGCAGUGCAUAUAUGUAUAUGUACAUAUAUAUGUAUGCACAUAACACAGAGUCUCUCAUCACCCACCUGUUAAUGGAAAUCUCCCCUCUGAUGCUUCAGGAUUUGACUGGAAAAUGCUGGUGGACUUACCUUAGUUGCACUGCAAUUAAGAACCACUGGGAUAUUGCUACAUCGCAAGAUUUAUCACAUUUUGUAAUUCAAUCUGAUUUAUCUGUUCCAAGAAGGAGUUUUUGCCAAAGAGACCUUACCUUUUUAAGGUACACAUGAUAGCCAUGAAAAGUAUAUAUAUAUAUAUAUGUAUAUCACUUCAUUUGUGCUUGUGGUAAAGUCUAACCCAUUCCUUUCAGAAAGAAUUGGAAGAUCACACAGACACCUCUGUUUGAGUCUGCAGAGUUUUUGCUUGUGCUGCUUUGGCCUCUUUGAGCAUUUGUUGGCAAGAAGGGUCUGAUCCUGUGAUUUGUGUGGCCAGACAGGGCACAGAAGUGUCCAGGAAUCAGGUUCUGAUUUAGCAAAAGGUUUAAGCCCGUGGGGAUUGUUUAAGCGUAGGCUUAAAGCCGUUGCAUGGUGUGUUAUAAGCUAUGGGUCUGCAGUCAUUAAUGCCAGACUGACUCUGAUCACCCCAUCAGAUAUACUGGAGCUGAGUAGAGUGGGGACACAGUCAAAUUUCUGCCAAACUCACUUGUACUGCUCCUGUGUCACCUUUAUGCAGGAGAGCAAACAGCAGGAAAUCGAACGUAACAUCUGGACAUUGGGAGGGUGAGUUGUUACAAGAUCAGUGCUUGGCGCGGGGUGACUGUGGCACUUUCCAUAUGUCACAAGUAGCCCUACAGCCAGAUUUACUCUAUCUUUGAACCAUGGCUUUAAAUGUCUACUUAAACUUUCUCCAAGAGCUUGGGUUGCCUUGGUUACAGCCCAAUCCUUAUGCACAUCCCCAAGGCUAACACUACGAUUUUAUGAAUGUGAUGGUUUUAUUGUCACUUAUUUUAAUCAUUGCCUGAGCGUUGCUUUUAAAAACAGAAAGCAACACCAUUGCUUUAGCCUAUCAGAUAAUGCACCUUUAAUUUUGUUGGUUUAUUUUAAAUAUUUUAAUUCUUGGAUUUUUAUCACAGCUGCAAAACACUUGGGUAAUGACUUAAUAGUAGAGGUGUGAGAGUAGCAAAGUGUUCAUCAGAGUGGACUCUAUAAUGUGUACAGCUUGCUGGCAGGAGCAAGACUUCCAUGAGACAUGGGCCUUACAUUGAUUUCCUGCCUAUCAGCCAAGUGUGCCUGAGAAUAAUGAGGAAAAGGUGUCUUUUGAAGAACUGAUGGUGGUUGAAGGGAAUAUGCAACAAGUCAUGAUGAAAUCCCUUUGAACCUGCUCCAGCUCCUGCCAGGCCGUGGUCAGCAAAGCCUAGCCUAGGUCUGAUAAAUGCUGGUUUUAGGGUAUCGCUCCUUUGGUUUUGAAGUAAUCCAGCAGACGAGGGACAACAGGACCCCAGAGAAGGUCCAGAGAAGGUCCACGGUUGCCUUCCUUUGGUAACCAUGGUAGACACCUGGUGUCUUGGAUGAACAGCUAGGAAAGGAAUUAAGUUUUUAACUGUUUUGUUAUCUGAUUCCUGCAGUUGGUUCAUCACAUUGAUUUGAUAUUUGUUCCAAGAAAUGUGUUCCCUACACUUGACAUACAUUUCAGUCCUGUAAGUCAGAGCUAGCAGAGAAACGUGGGGAAGAAUCUCACGGUGGUGGAAUUCCCAAUGGAAAACACUAGUGAUGGUAAUAGAGGGCUUGUUGCCAAGGGAUGGCAGGAACUGCUCAGUACUAUCUGAAGGUUGGUAGUGCGCCAGCUGAGGAAGCUGGAGAACACUAUUUCCAGUUCGAGCUGGUCCCAGUUUUUACACUAAAUUAUGUGAUGUCGGAAGGGCCUUCUUUUUAAUGAGCAAGUCUCUCUUUGCAAUGUUAUCCACAACACUAUUUCUUGCUGUUAUAAUUAAAACCAUAUUGAAUUUUUAUCUAAAUAGAUUUCAGAAUUGUUGACAAAUAUUUUCAUUUCUCAAAAAUCUUUGCCUUCUUUCUCAAUAUUUUUUUUCGUUCUUGGGUUUCUUCUGCCGGUCAAUUAAAGUUUCUGUGAUAAUUUUGAAAA